AUGUCCUUGAAUUUUAGUUCAUGUUUAAUAGAGACAUAUUUUGAUACACAUGAUUUUUUGGGUUUAUAUUCUCAUCUUAUUUCAAUUAUUGCUAUUCCUGUUAAUGUUUUGGGAAUUUGGUUAAUUUUUUACAAAACACCAAUACGAAUGAAAAAUAUGAAAGGUGUCAUGUUGAACUGUCAUGUCUGGGGUCUUGUUGGUGAUUUUAUGCUUGGAACGCUCACCAUUCCAUAUGUAUUUUUCCCAGUUAUAGCCGGAACUCCACUCGGAAUUCUCACGCGGUUUUUUGAUAUCAAUGCAUUUUUUCAAACGUAUCUCGCUGUUGCAUGUAUUGCUGAAGUUGGAUCUUCAAUAGUUUUUAUGUUUGAAAAUCGGCAGAAUCAAACAGUUACUUCAAAUUGGAAAAUAUCAUCUGCAACUGGAAGAAAAUCAUUUGUUUCUAUCAAUUUGGUGUUUCCCUGGGUAGCUUCAACAAUUUCUUUGCUUCGUAUUCCAAAUCAAACUUGGGCAAAACUUGAACUUCUAAAGACAAUUCCAUGUCCAAGUGCAGAAUUCUUUCAACUUCCCAUAAUUAUAGUGACUACGGAGGCAAAAUCAAUUGGUUUAGCACUACUUGCUCUUGUAUUGUUUUAUGCAAUUCAAAUUCUAGUAUUUAUAAUUCACUCUUCACUCUAUCUUUGCAUUUCAACAAAAUCGUUCUCAAUGUCUGAAAAGACAAAAAAGUUGAAAAGAAAAUAUUUUAUAGCAGUUUGUGUUCAAGUAUUCAUCCCUUUUGUAAUUAUGGCAGUUCCAGUAAACUACUACUCAUUUUCUAUUAUCACCGACUACUAUAAUCAAUCAGCCAACAAUUUUUGCUUUUUAAUUAUGAGUCUUCAUGGGUUCUUCUCCACAAUUGCUACAAUUGCAAUUUAUGAAAAUUAUCGGAAUUACAUUCUUCACAUUCUACGGAUUAAACGCAACAUUAAAGUUACUUUGAUUCAGACAAAAAGCAUGGCGGAAACAACCUAUAUUUAGUUGUUUUAAAAUUAUUAAAUUUUAUUAAUAAAAUUAUUUCAAUUAU